AUCUUCAACAUUACUUUGUAGACAUCGAUCUCCAGAGCUUCAAUUACUUGAUUUUACUAUACUCAACCUUCAGCCUCAGCCUCAACCUCAACUCCAACCCUUCUUCCGCCCCCAAAAUGUCUCUAACCACAGCAUCCUCCUCCUCCCCCUCCUCUCCCCCCUCCUUCGAAUUCCCCCGCGAAUACCACUUCCCGCCCUUCUUCACGCGGCAAACCAACCUCACGACCCUGCACAGCCAACUGGAGAAAUGGUCGUCCCUCGUGCUCUCCUACUGCCGACACCACCGGCUCUUCCGGCUCUCGCUCUCCUACGACGGCGCCCCCCACGAGGAGCUCUUCCGCAAUCGCAAGCUCGGCCGCCAUUUGAGGCUCGCGGACGCGCGGGAGGUGUUGGAGUUUAUGCGGCGGGAGGGCAGGGCGGAGCGCGUGGGUGGGAAGGAUGGGGAGGGAGGGGGAGGGGGGGCAGGGGAUGUCUACUGGGUGUACUGGAAGACGCCGGAGGAGUGGGCGGCGCUGGUGGAGGGGUGGGUCGAGGAGACGGCGCAGAAGGGGACGGUGCUCACGCUUUAUGAGUUGACAGAGGGCGAGGGGACGCGGGGGACUGAAUUCUACGGCCUCGAUCCCGACUUACUCCAGAAAGCGCUCCAGGUCCUCGUAAAGCGCGGCAAGGCCCAGAUCUUCGGCCAAGAGGAUCAGCAGGGCGUCAAGUUCUUCUGAAACCGAGAAUAAAGAGUCUACGGCUAGUAAAACGUUCAUGUGCCGCGCAUGACUAUAUUUAUUAUAUAUUUAGCAUCUGGCCGGGGGGCUAGACCUCCUUGCGUCUCGAUACCGGCACACUGACGGCCAUCCACACUGUUGGCGGGUUUUGUUACUAAAGAGCUGGAGCUCUAUACGGCGAAGCAACUUAGCACAACGCCGAUGCGCAUUGCAACCUUACCACCUGGUCAAAGGCGCCACCUGUCUAAAUAACCUCGCGUCCUCGAAGAAGCUUAGCGAUGGAGACACUAAACACCGCCAAACAUCAUAAGAGCCUGGGGUAAAUAGUUGCCUGAGUUCGGUAUCCUUUUUAGAACGAGUUAUUAAAAGGGCUACUUUGCGAAACUUAAGUGCUAGACGAGCGGCCUGGGGACCAGAGCAGGCUGGUCAGCAGGUAGGCAUGCAUAUAAUCACUCAGUGGCAGGCUCUCAGAGAAGCCAAUAAUAAGGACCUACCUGCCUAG